AUCCUGAAUUGGCACGUCGGCCUUGCCAGACCAGCGCUCUGGAGUGAAUUUAAAUUUUAAAAUAACGCCCUGUCAAUUCAGUUGUAGAACUCAGUAGCUAGUCGGAAAGUUUUCAAGAACUCGGAUUACCAACAUCUCAAAAUUGCUCAGUAAAAACAUUCCGGCAGCCUGCAACACGUUGGGUGUUAACAAAUUUACAUACAAGUUGCAAGCUUUUGGGCGCACGCACCAUCGAUAAGAAGGUAGUUCGAAUAAAAUAUAACACCUCCUCGCUGCCGGUAAAACUAUUUCUUCUGGCUGUUCCCGAACUAAAGCGUUGCCACCCAAUCGAUCUGGCCACCCCUAGCGAAAAGGUCAUAUAGCUGGACUGCUCUGCUGGACUUCCGCUUCACAACACUACCACACGACACAGACACACCAUUCCUCUCGCUCGGGCUUACACUUCGGUGUAACGAUUGUGCUUCGUUGCGUUCUCAGCUCACUAACGGUCGUCUCUAUCGCACAAACGGUCGAAAGGCCCCGCAUUGAUUGUGAAAAAAUAAUCGUCGCCGUAGUCUUCGUCGGGUCGCCGUUUUUACUUGCAGUGCGCUGGUGCUGCUUUAUUUCGUGACAAGGGACACUCAACCGAAAGAGCCAUAUUUAAGCAUCAAAGUUCUAGAGGCGCAACGCAGCUUUGUGUUUCGUUUUUCGUUCAAUUCUAAGCAGGAGGAUUAUAUAUUGAAUAAAACCCAAUUCUGUGCGAAGAACAAAAGAAAUACGCGAGACACCAACACCAGCACACAACCAACCAAACACACACACAACCAACCAAACACACACACAACCCAGAAAAUCAAAUUUCAAUCAGAAAAUGGCGUUAAAAAGAAUCAAUAAGGAACUGCAAGAUCUGGGCAGAGAUCCACCUGCACAAUGUUCAGCCGGUCCAGUUGGAGAUGAUUUAUUUCACUGGCAAGCUACAAUAAUGGGCCCGCCGGACAGCCCUUAUCAAGGAGGUGUAUUCUUCUUAACUAUACAUUUUCCAACAGACUAUCCCUUUAAACCACCCAAAGUGGCUUUUACAACGCGCAUAUACCAUCCAAACAUCAACAGCAAUGGAUCGAUUUGUCUCGAUAUAUUAAGAUCUCAGUGGUCGCCAGCAUUAACUAUUUCAAAAGUUUUAUUAUCAAUUUGCUCUCUACUCUGUGAUCCCAAUCCAGACGAUCCUCUUGUUCCAGAGAUUGCCAGAAUAUAUAAAACCGAUCGGGAAAAAUACAAUGAGCUGGCACGAGAGUGGACUAGAAAGUAUGCUAUGUGAUGCGUUCCAGAUUGCAGCAGUCCAACAGAAUCAGCAAAUUCAACAUCAACAAUAGCAGAAGUAAAAGCAGAUGCAACAACAACAGUAAAAGCAACAAAGAUAACAUCAACAGUUUACAAUAGUCAGAUUCAGAAGAGGAGGAGCUGCAGCAGCGUCAUUGUAAGUGGCAAUGGCCGCCGUGCUGUUGUCCACAACAAUAGCCACAAUAUCAGCAGGAACUGCGGUCACCACCAUAGCAGCAACAAACACAACACCAACACUCGCCACAGCAGCAACAUCAUCAGCAGCAGCUGCAGCAGCAACAACAGCAAGAUCAUCAACUGCCGCAGUCAUUUUCGCCGCAGCAGCCGCUGCUACCGCCUUCGCAGCGGCAUUAGCAUUAGGAGCAGCAAAUUUGGCGGCGGUACCAAGAGCAACGGCAGCGGCAAAGGCGUCCUUGGGGCCGCAGCAACAUCAGCAGCUGCAGCAACAUCAGCAGCAACAGCCGCUGCAGCUGUGGCAGUGGCAAUUGGAGCAGCAACUGGCGGAUUGGUGGCGAACAUGCGAUUAAUUGUGUGUUUGACCGAACAGAAACAGAACAGCAUAAACGGAAAUAAUUUAAUAAUAAUUACUGAAAAAAUGAUGUAAGCAUUAAACAUUAAAAGCUAGACAGCUACCAACAACAGCAUCAACAUAAUAAGUUUAAAUACAAAGAAAAACAAAACUACAAAUAAAAAUCAGCUGGAAAAAUUAUUAUUAUUAUUAUUAUAUUAUAUUUAAAGAACCGGAAAAAUAAAAAUUGCAAAAAUUC